GCCUGACCCAAUAUCCUUCUAAAUCUGUGUUGCUUUUUGAUAGUUUUGUUCGUUCUUCCUCCGUUUCCUGGAAAAGAAAUAAAAUAAAUAAAAUUCUAAAAAUAUAUUACGCUCGCUACUAAAAGGAUUCAUCGCGAAUUGAGUUGUCGUUGGCGUUUUCGUCGUCGUAGUUAUCGUUCGUCGUCCAGAAAGAAACCAAAAUCAAGGAACGCUAGCUUCGUCGCAGUUGCUCCUCCAACAUCCUCUUUGUGGUCGUUCGUCGUCGUCUUUUGUCGUCGUCGUCGUCGAGAAACUAAAGUUUCCUUUUGCAAAAUCCAUCCGUCUAUAUUUUGUGGUGUCGGUGUGUACUCCGCACCCCUAAGCGAGCUCCACUCCACUCUCCAACUACACUACUCAUUUUAAUUAAUUAGUUUAUAUUGUUUGUAAAAAUUUGUAUUUGUUUAUUAAUUAAAAAAAAAAUAAAAUAAAUUGUGUUGAGUAGUGCGUCUCUUGCUCUGCUCUGUCCCUGUUGCUGUUUUAUUAACAAAACCUAAAAAAGAAAGAUAAACACACAAAAAUGUCGACGGAUAAGAUAAAAGUUGCCGUAAGAGUGCGACCCUUCAAUCGACGUGAAAUCGAAUUGGGAACACAAUGUAUCGUAGAAAUGGACAAACACCAGACGGUGCUGCACAAUCCGGCAUCACUUGAAAAGAUGGAUAGAAAACAACCGAAAACAUUUGCGUUCGAUCAUUGUUUUUUCUCCAUCGAUCCAGAAGAUACCAAUUUUGCAUCUCAAGAAGAUGUAUUUGCUUCAGUUGGACGAGAUAUUCUUGACAAUGCAUUCCAAGGUUAUAAUGCCUGCAUUUUUGCCUAUGGACAGACAGGUUCUGGUAAAUCAUAUACAAUGAUGGGAACCCAAGAAUCCAAAGGUAUAAUUCCACGUCUUUGUGACGAACUAUUUGGAUCGAUCAGUACAAAGACUUCAUCAGAAUUAUUGUACAAAGUUGAAGUAUCCUACAUGGAGAUCUACAAUGAAAAAGUUCAUGAUCUCUUAGAUCCAAAACCAAACAAACAGUCUUUAAAAGUCCGUGAGCACAAUGUCUUGGGUCCUUAUGUCGACGGUUUAUCACAAUUGGCUGUUACAUCAUAUAAGGAUGUGGAUAACUUAAUGACAGAGGGUAAUAAAUCAAGAACUGUUGCUGCAACAAACAUGAAUGCCGAAUCAUCUAGAUCUCAUGCCGUCUUUUCGGUUGUACUAACACAAAUCCUAACAGACCAUGGCUCUGGUGUGAGCGGAGAGAAGGUCUCUCGUAUGUCGCUAGUCGAUUUAGCUGGAAGUGAGCGAGCAGUUAAAACUGGUGCCGUUGGAGAUCGUCUCAAAGAAGGAUCUAACAUUAAUAAAUCACUCACAACCCUCGGACUUGUCAUCUCAAAGUUAGCGGAUCAAUCGAUAGGAAAAAACAAUCGAAAUGAUAAAUUUGUUCCCUAUCGUGAUUCGGUUUUGACGUGGUUAUUAAAGGAUAAUCUUGGUGGAAACUCAAAGACUGUUAUGGUGGCAACCAUCUCCCCUGCUGCAGAUAAUUUCGAAGAAACUCUAUCGACGUUGAGAUAUGCCGAUCGAGCUAAGAGAAUCGUCAACCAUGCUGUGGUUAAUGAAGAUCCAAAUGCACGAAUCAUUCGAGAAUUACGCCAUGAAGUAGAGACUUUACGUAAUAUGCUGAAACAUGCAACGGGUUCUCCUGUAGGUGAUAUUCAGCGAGUGGAUAUCCACGAUAAACUAGCAGAAAGUGAAAAUUUGAUGAAGCAAAUUUCUCAGACUUGGGAAGAGAAGCUAGUUAAGACCGAACGAAUACAAAAUGAACGUCAACAAGCCCUAGAGAAAAUGGGUAUUAGUGUACAGGCCAGUGGUAUCAAAGUGGAGAAGAAUAAAUACUAUUUAGUCAAUUUGAAUGCAGAUCCGUCCCUAAAUGAAUUAUUAGUUUAUUACCUAAAGGAGCGUACUUUGGUUGGUGGUCAUAGUAUUUCUGGUCAACAACCAGAUAUACAAUUAUCUGGUCUCGGUAUUCAACCCGAGCAUUGUGUAAUUAUAAUCGAAGAUGGUGGACUUUUCAUGGAGCCCAUACAAGGUGCAAGAUGUUUUGUAAAUGGAUCACCAGCUGGAGAUAAAACUCCAUUGCAUCAUGGUGAUCGUAUUUUAUGGGGAAAUCAUCAUUUUUUUCGUGUGAACUGUCCAAAAAGUGCCACAAACACAAAUCUAAGCUCCGAACCACAAACACCCGCCCAGCUUAUUGACUAUAAUUUUGCUCGAGAUGAAAUAAUGCAAAACGAAUUAAGCAACGAUCCUAUACAGACGGCUAUAGCAAUGCUUGAAAGACAGCAUGAAGAAGAUAAGCAAGUGGCUUUAGAAAAACAGAGACAGGAAUAUGAACGCCAGUUCCAACAGUUAAGAAAUAUCUUAUCACCAAGUACACCAUAUCCACCGUAUGCCCCAUACGAUCCUUUGAGAUUGGGAAAGAUCACACCCAAUACACCAACUUCACAAAUGAGAGUUGAAAAAUGGGCACAUGAACGUGAUGAAAUGUUUAAACGUUCACUAGGCCAGUUGAAGACCGAUAUAAUGCGUGCCAACGCUCUAGUCCAAGAAGCCAAUUUCUUAGCCGAAGAAAUGGAAAAGAAGACCAAAUUCAGUGUUACCCUCCAAAUUCCACCAGCAAAUUUGUCUCCAAAUCGAAGGCGAGGAGCUUUCGUAAGCGAGCCAGCAAUUCUAGUGAAGCGUGUCAAUUCUGGCAGUCAAAUCUGGACAAUGGAAAAACUCGAAAACAAACUAAUUGACAUGCGUGAGAUGUACCAGGAGCACAAAGAACAUGUUUUAUCCGGUUUGCCGAUGAUUGAGGCUUUAAGUGACGACGAGGACAACGAAGAGAAGCCGGUAGAUCCAUUUUAUGAAUCCCAAGAGAACCACAACCUCAUUGGGGUGGCAAAUAUAUUCCUUGAGGUGCUGUUCCACGAUGUCAAACUGGAUUAUCAUACGCCGAUUAUAAGCCAACAGGGUGAAGUCGCUGGCCGACUUCAAGUGGAGAUAUCACGCAUAGCCGGACAGCUGCCGCAGGAUCGAAUGUGUGAGUCGGCAUCUGAUAGCUCCACCGAUAGCCGUGAUGAAGAUUACGAUCCAAGUGAUCCAAUGUCGAAUUCUAUAACAUGUCGAGUGACCAUUAAACAAGCCUCCGGGCUGCCAUUGUCUCUCUCGAAUUUUGUAUUUUGCCAGUACACAUUUUGGGGACAUCAGGAAACAGUUGUGCCAGUUAUAAACGAUGAGGUGCUGCCCACUUCGGAUCAAAAUAAGUCGUUCAACUUUGAACACACAAAAGAUUUUACUGUGUCGAUAAAUGAGGAAUUCCUCGAGCAUUGCAUAGAGGGUGCGUUGUCUAUCGAAGUGUGGGGACAUCGCAGUGCUGGAUUUUCCAAGUCCAAAGGCUGGGAAGUCGAACAACAGCAGGCUAAGGCACGUUCCUUGGUCGAUCGUUGGGCUGAGCUGUCGCGUAAAAUUGAACUUUGGGUUGAGAUUCAUGAAUUGAAUGACAAUGGAGAGUACUCGCCGGUUGAGGUGACCAACAGAAAUGAGGUUCUCACCGGUGGGGUGUACCAAUUGCGACAAGGUCAACAGAGGCGAAUUCAUGUGCGUGUAAAGCCUGUGCAGAAUUCUGGGACGCUACCAAUUAUUUGCCAGUCGAUAGUGAAUAUUGCUGUUGGAAGUGUAAGUGUCCGAUCAAGACUGCAACGUCCACUUGAUUCCUAUCAAGAAGAAGAUCUAACCGUACUGCGUGAGAAAUGGAGUGAGGCUUUGGGUAGACGUCGGCAGUAUCUGGAUCAACAGAUACAGAAACUUAUCAAAAAGGAAGAUAAAAGCGAAGAAGAGCGUGAACGCGAGCUGAGCUUGGUUCAUCAAUGGGUAUCGCUGACAGAAGAGCGAAAUGCAGUUCUCGUCCCAGCACCGGGAUCUGGUAUUCCUGGUGCACCAGCUUCAUGGGAUCCUCCAGCUGGAAUGGAGCCCCAUGUUCCUGUGCUCUUCCUCAAUCUUAACGCUGAUGAUCUAUCAGCUCAAAAUACAAACGAUGAAUUCUCCAUUGCGGGUUUAAAUUCGAUUUUAUCCAAAGAACAUGGACACAAGUUCUACACACUUCAAAUACUGCAGCACUUAGACAAGGAUGUCUGUGCAAUUGCCAGUUGGGAUUCAUCAAUGCACGAUAGUCAAGCUCUGAAUCGUGUAACCGAAGCUAAUGAGAGAGUCUACUUGAUUUUGAGAACCACUGUACGAUUGUCUCAUCCAGCUCCCAUGGAUCUGGUGCUGCGAAAGCGGUUGAGUUUGAACAUUUACAAGAGGCAAAGUAUAACCGAUAGGCUAAAGAAAUUCCGCCUGGUUAGAUUGGAAAAUGCUAUUGCGCUAACUGGUGUCACAUACGAAGUGGUGUCGAAUAUUCCCAAGGCAUCAGAGGAGCUCGAGGACAGAGAAUCAUUGGCACAAUUGGCUGCAAGUGGGGAUGAUUGUUCCACUAGCGAUGGAGAGACUUAUAUAGAAAAAUACACAAAAGGUGUCUCAGCUGUGGAGAGUAUCCUAACUCUGGAUCGUUUGCGACAGAAUGUGGCUGUAAAGGAACUCGAAACCGCCCACGGACAACCACUGUCGAUGAGGAAGACCGUCAGUGUACCGAACUUCUCUCAGAUAAUGCGAUUCGAUGUCUCCAUGGAAUCCCUUAUCAAUGUUGGACGUUCAGAGUCAUUUGUGGAUCUUAACAAUACAGACUUUUCAAAGCAAUUCUUAUCACAAUCAGGACAACAAGGAACUCGAGAUUUUGGUGUACGCAAUCGGCAUAGUUUUGGUGGAAAGGGUUCCAACGAUGAUUCACCAGGCAAACCUUUUGGCAUAGGCUCUAUAUUGUCAGCUCGGCCCACUUUCCUCAAUCUCAACUUGAAUUUAAAUUCAUUGAGAUCACAACCCACAAAGCCAUCUCCAGCAACUAGCAAACUAGUUGGACUUCGAAUGACAACGUUACACGAAGAACCAUUGGGACAGCGUCCGUUGGCCGAGGAGCCUGAGGACAGCUAUAGUGAUUCUGAGUAUGCAGACUACGAGAGCGGCAAGUACGCAAAGAACUUCAAAGCAAAGUCAAGGCUUACCUCAUCCAAGACAAUGGACUCGUUUAUGGACAUCAAUAAUUCUCAUACGAGCAUGAGUUAUACGUCGAGUGCGAAUUCGACGUUGAAACAUUUAACUGGAAUUGGAACACCAAGUAUGAGUUCCUCGACUUCAAGUGGCUAUGGAUCACAAGCGGUAUCUUGCAGUAAUUUAACAAAUGAUGACACAGUUUCCAUGCGUUCCAUGAGUAUCGAUGAAACACCUGAUUUCGAUCGUGUAAACUCGUGUUCGCCACCAAACAAAACCUACAACUCGGCCAUGUCCAUCAGCAAUAACAUCGAAAGCAUUCCAACACCUUCGGUCAACAGAAGUCAGGCACGAUUUAAUCCGUUUUUGAAAGAUAUGCCAACUUUAAAUAAGAGUGCAAUGCCAACAGAAGUUGCUGCUUCAACUCCAGCUCCAGUUGAAGAGCAACCAAUAUCGAAGUGUCUGACACCAACGAAAGAUCAUCCUCUACAAGAUAUCGAUGAAUCCGAAACUCAAUCACAAGACUCACAAUACAGUGAUGAUAACAAAAAUCAAGCACAAAUUCCAGAGCCUACCGUAGCAAUGGACGAGGAAGAAGAUGAUAUUUUAAUAGCGAGUGAUGAGAAUAAAAAUGAACUCUCCGACGAGUUACAACAAUCUGAGGACAAUCAAAAUGCAAACGAAUCAACGAAUGCAAAUAAUGACGAAGAAGAAGAAUUAGAAGAACAGCGACUGGAUAACCACCACAAGCAGAGCAAUACACCACAAAAUGAAGGAACUGGCAUAGUAAAGACCCAACUGCCACCAGGGAAAGUUGUACGCAGAAAAAAGACAGCAGUCAAUCAGGUGCGCUCGAAUAGUGGUCAUCGAGCGUCGCUUCCCAUGAUGAAGUCCAUCGAUCUAACAUCAUCGAAUGAUAAGCUUAACGCUCAAUUUAAUAAUAUGACAAGCAGCGGCACAACAGAUUCAUCAGAAAGAUUAGAAGAAGAUGGAAAAAAUCAUGUUGAAGUUCCCUUCCCCGAUUGGGUUGCUGUCGGCGAAUCAGUCCUCAUCAGACCCUACAACACCAGUGGCGUUAUAAGCUUCAUCGGGCAGACGCAUUUUCAAGGCGGUACAUGGAUCGGUGUUGAGUUAGACACACCAACUGGAAAGAACGAUGGUAGCGUUCAAGGCAUUCAGUACUUUCAAUGCAAAGCAAAGCACGGCAUUUUCGUUCGUUUUGACAAACUGAUAUUGGACAAGCGAGGAAAAGCAAUGCGUCAAUACAAAGCCGAAAAGAAUUCUAAAAAUUUAGAUGCCAAUAUUUCGCGAUCCCGAAGCCGCGGUGAGUCCAUCAACACGCUCGGUACAUCGCGCAAAUGAUUAUAUCCGAAAUGUUCGCAUCAAGUGCAGCGUCUCCAUUGCUGGGGAGAAGCUGAGGAGCAGGCGUCACCACCUGCUCCAACUGCCGUCAUUGCCAGGUCUUGCAACAGAACCGCUAGGAACGCUGUAACUGCUGUAAGCCGUCCAAAUGCGAACAUUUCUGCACACACAAAAUCAAGUACUGUCACACGGAGCUACAACAGGCGUUCAACUGCAUUUUAAAAAAGAUAAACAAAAAGAAUGGCAUACAAAAAGUAUCUCACUAAAAACAGAAAAUACAAAAGAAAAUUCAGAUAAGCAAAAACAGAAAAGAUUCUUUUUUUUUUAAUUUAAAAUAUUUUCAAACCCUUAGUUUAUUCAUUUUAAUUAGCUUAAUUAAUAUUUAGUGUAGAUAUAGAAAAAAAAGAUAAAAAGAUACGAAAAAAUCUACAACAACUGCUACUACUACUAUAACUACUGAAAGACAGAUUAUUAUUAUUUGUGUUAACAAUUAACUAUAAAUUAAUUAACUACUGUAACAUAAUGCAUUAUUAUGUGUGUUUUAGAACAAGAAGAACACACAAUAUUUAUAAAUAUAUACAUUUUUAGGUUUAGGUCGUCGUUCGACUUUUUCGUAUAUUAAAACAGAAAAAAGAAAAA